GCGGGGCCGGGGCGGGGGGCCAAGCGCGGAGACGCACGGCCUUGACGCCGCGCCGGCCGGUGCCCACAACCCGGAGGCGCGGGCUCCCGCGGGCGGUACGGCCGGAGCCCGAGCUGGCUGGUCGGAGGGGUGGCUCAGGUUCCCAGGCUGCGGCGCCGGGGGGGUCGUGAUUUUCCUCGCGGGCGUUUUGGGCGCGUGCGAGCCGUGCUCGCCUGUUCGUUCCUGGCCCGCCACCUUUUUAAUUGGAUUGUUUUCGGUACUUCGCCUUCUUACGUAACAAUUUGUCUUGGGGUUACUCCGUUUGAAAACCUGAGUGCUUUUCCAGUCUUUUAUUUUGACCUGUGGAAUUCCCUUGUAGUGAUGCUUCAUAAAGUAACCGUUCUCUUAGUGAAGUAGUUUCUAAUCUUUAGUUAUUGCAAGUAAUGCUGCUGUGAAUAAUCUUAUUUGUACCCCACUUUGGGGAUAAAUUCUUAGUAGUGGAACUCCUGGGUCCAGAGGUAUAUACAUUUUUAGUGUCCCCACCAGUACGUGUUGAUACCCUCUAGACAGUAAUUGCAGAUUUUGGAAUCCUUGCCUAGGAAUUGGGCUUACAUACGGAAAAAUCUUCAGGCCCAUAGUUGUUAAUCAUAGUUUUUAGGAAACUAACUUAAAUGCCCGAUAAUGGAUGAGUGUUUAAUAUAUUCAUUUGAUGCCAUCUUGCACAGCUGCUAAGAUAUUGUUGAAGAGUUUAAUAAAGAGAUAGAGGAGUCCUCCGUUCAUCCGGGAAACCGUUAUUGAACUCUUAUUCUGUACAGACUCUGUUCCAGGCGCUGAGGGUAGAGCAGGGAAUGGACAGACACUUGCUGUGCUGGAGUUCAUUCCAGCCCAUAAUCUCAGGCAGUUGUGUGCGUGGGACGUGGCUGAAUAGCGACCUGAUCUGCCAGGUGCUGUUCCAGGGACUGCCAGCCAUCAUUAAACAAAUCUACCACUGCCCCAAACAGGAGAUUGUUGGCACAGGUUUUCUGCAGUUUGGGAGUUCUGCCAUUUUGAUUUUGGGGUUCUUGUAUGAAAUCGUCCUGUUUCAGUUUCCCAGGUGGCACCCAUGCUUGCUCCUCAGGGUCCCCCUACUUCCGCAUUACAGGUGGAAGAAGGCCCAUAUCUUUUUCUGCUGGUGCUUCAAGCAUCUUUGGAAGUGGAGGCAACAGUAGGAAGGAGAAGCUUUUGCUGCAGGAUGUGGCUGAGCUGAUUCGAACCAGAGCCUGCCAGAGGGUGGUGGUCAUGGUGGGGGCCGGCAUCAGCACCCCCAGCGGCGUUCCAGACUUCAGGUCUCCUGGGAGUGGCCUCUACAGCAACCUCCAGCAGUAUGACAUCCCGUACCCCGAGGCCAUCUUUGAACUCGAGUUUUUCUUUCACAACCCCAAGCCCUUUUUCGCUUUGGCCAAGGAACUGUACCCUGGGAACUAUAGGCCCAACGUCACUCACUACUUCUUCCGACUGCUGCAUGAGAAGGGGCUGCUCCUGCGGCUCUACACGCAGAACAUCGAUGGGCUCGAGAGAGCGUCUGGCAUCCCUGCCUCAAAGCUGAUUGAAGCACACGGAUCCUUUGCCUCUGCCACCUGCGCUGUCUGCCGAACACCCUCCCCAGGAGAGGACUUCUGGGCCGACGUGAUGGUGGACAGGAUCCCCCGCUGCCCAGUCUGCACUGGCAUUGUGAAACCAGACAUCGUGUUCUUUGGGGAGCCGCUGCCCCAGAGGUUCUUGCUGCAUGUGAUUGAUUUCCCCAUGGCAGAUCUUCUGCUUAUCCUUGGGACCUCCCUGGAGGUGGAACCUUUUGCCAGCUUGUCUGAGGCCGUGCAGAGCUCGGUGCCCCGACUGCUCAUCAACCGGGACCUGGUGGGGCCCUUGGCGUGGCGUCCUCGCAGCAGGGACGUGGUUCAGCUGGGGGACGUGGUACAUGGUGUGGAAAAGCUGGUGGAGCUUCUGGGCUGGACGGAAGAGAUGCAGGACCUCAUCCAGCGGGAAACUGGAAAGCUCGAUGGACAGGACAGAUAGAAGGGUGACAGCUGUCCCUCGUAGCAGAAGUGGUUUCAUGGGAGAGUCACAGCCCAUUCCUGAUGAGACCUCGUGCCUGAAGAACAGCUUGGGCAGGUUUACACAUUGUGGCUGAACUAGCACGUGUGCACAUCUUCCCAGGUCGUGAGCGCUGUGCUGACAGGUAGGGUAGUGAUCACACUUGGAGACAACCUGGUCGCAGGUACAAAGGAGCUGCCUUUUUGCUGUGGUGGUUUUAGCUCUUCACUCUGCUCAAGCUCCUAAUGCCAAAAGAUUCUGACCCUCUUGAACUCAGACUGACUGGAAUCCCAGACCAGAUCUGCUGUAGUGCGUCUAGGUCUCCAUGUGAAGGGCAGGCUCAGCAUCUGUCCGUUAGAAACACCCAGUCUUGGGCUGAGCUGCCCCAGUCACGUCCCAAAGUGUGGUCCUCGGUCCCAAACAAUGCACUAGGGUCUUCUAGCAUGUUGGUCUCCUUAGAAGGCUUAUUUUUAAUUAGAGAAAGCUCCUUCUCCAUUUCUGGCAUGAAAUAAAUUUGAAAAAUUGGGCA